GGCGGGGGCGCGCGGGCCGGAGCGCGCGGGCAGGGCCUGGGGCACCGCGAGGCCGCGGCCCGGGACGUGGCAGCGCCCCGCGCGCCCGAGAAAGUUGCCUGGAAGUUUGCUGCCGCGGCGCGGGAGCGGCCGGCGGGACCAUGAACGUGUUCCGAAUCCUCGGCGACCUGAGCCACCUCCUGGCCAUGAUUCUGCUCCUGGGGAAGAUCUGGAGGUCCAAGAGCUGCGCGGGCAUCUCUGGGAAGAGCCAGAUCCUUUUCGCACUGGUCUUCACCACCAGGUACCUGGACCUCUUCACCAACUUCAUCUCCAUCUACAACUCAGUGAUGAAGGUGGUUUUUCUCCUCUGUGCCUAUGUCACAGUGUACAUGAUCUAUGGGAAAUUUCGGAAGACAUUUGACAUUGAGAACGACACGUUCCGUCUGGAGUUUCUCCUGGUGCCAGUCAUCGGUCUCUCCUUCCUGGAGAACUACAGCUUCACACCAUUGGAGAUCCUCUGGACUUUUUCCAUCUACCUUGAGUCAGUGGCCAUCCUGCCCCAGCUCUUCAUGAUCAGCAAGACAGGAGAGGCUGAGACCAUCACUACCCAUUACUUGUUCUUCCUGGGGCUCUACCGACUGCUCUACCUGGCCAACUGGAUCAGGCGGUACCAGACGGAGAAUUUCUAUGACCAGAUCGCAGUGGUGUCAGGAGUAGUGCAGACCAUCUUCUACUGUGACUUCUUCUACUUGUAUGUGACCAAAGUCCUUAAGGGAAAGAAGUUAAGUCUUCCUAUGCCAAUUUGAGGACUCCCAGAGAUGAUCAACACUGUAACGAGGACAGUGCAGGAUUUGGGACCCUAUGUACUAGUGAAAAAAAAAUACUUGUGUGGAUUAGAGUGCAGCACGUUUGUCUAGCCACCAAGGCCUUGUUAAUCCCUCUCAAGUACCACCCUAUGAACACCCCAGAGCAGGAAACACACACACACACACACACAUACACAGUGUCAACUGCAGGUGACAGUCACAGUUCAUUUCCUUAUCACAUUCAAGCACAAGCAAACCAAAUUGACCAUUCUCGCCAAGCAUUAAUUUUGUGCCUCCCCUUUAAGCAAAUCAAUUUCUGCGGAGCUGGACACUAAGCGCUCAUCCCCAGGUAUCCUUAGUCUUGUGCCUCAAACUGUCUCACAUUAGGACCAAUCUACACUAAGGUCGGCCGGUCCCACCAGGUGCUACGUGGGCUGUCUACUCAAGUUGUGUCUUGAAGCAAAAGUAGUGUUAAGGACAAGCAACUAUUCAGAAGCUUUAGAGAAUAAACAGCUCACACCGUAUUGUCAAGUGUUUUAUUUAUACCUACAAAAGGAAACAAGAUGGUAUCAAAAGGACAAUUUACAAACUAAGAAUAGUAACAUUGCUCUUAGCCUGCAUCCUGUGCCUCAACAUCACACGCCUACAAAUCUUUCAAGUCUUAACACAACAGGAAUGUGUUCAGAGACCAGCAAGGACAUGAGGAGAGCACUGAUCCCAAGCAAAAGCCACUAACCUUUUAGUUGAGAGGUCUGCACAAUAAACUGUUGGGGGAGGGGGAAAGGAUGGGGAGCAGCAGCCCCUGGUUUAAUACUGAAGCCCUUUCCACUACUACCACCAGCCAGCCAGGAUUCACCACUCCUACUCUCAACCCAAGAGCACAACCUCAGAGCUAUGCUCAGGCCACCAAGAGCUUUUGCAAUGGCCAAUACACUGUUAUUUUCUGCUCACAACAUUCCUCACUGAAGAGGGCAAGCAAGCGACUCAGAUACUACACUGCUCACAUACCCAGACAGCCUGUCCCAGAAACAGAUGUGUUUGAGAGCCAUAGAGUAGGACCUAAUCUAUUUAAAGGGGGGGAAAAAAAAAAUCAACCUGAAUGUGGCUGCAGAAAUGUCCACAACAGCGUGCGUGGCCAGUGCUCAGACAUGUUUUGGGAGCAGAGAAACACGGCACUUUGGUUGCAAGCACAGAGCAGUUUUACGUUUCUUCUAUGCCUACUGUCCUCCCCACUGGGCCUCAACUUCUACAAGAUGGGGAAAGAAAAGACAAAGAAAGUUGGAUAAUAAAAAAAAAAAGGCUGUCCAAGUUUUCACAUGCACAAUUUCAGCUUAUGCUGACAACCUACCUGUAUCUGCUGCACACUGAAUCAUACUUUGAGAACCCCUCAGAAACCAUCCCUUUUCUCUCCCUGAAGGAUUUUAAAGGGAAAACAAAAAUAAAACCUUCAGAGAUCAUCUUAAUGGUCAGGUAUUACACACCAGCAAGCACUCAAAAGCCACAGCCCAAGAAGGCAGCUGGGGGGCCUUCCUCCUCUAACUGCCACCGGAAGCACAGGAGGGGGCUCAGGGGUGGAGCCCUCCUCCCACACAGGGUCAGGCAAAGGCCCGGAGCCGACUGUCUUGCUGCCCUACCUGGGCACAGUGAACUCAGAAGCAGAGAAUGCUUUCCAGGUCCAUCUGCUGUGGCUGGCAGCUGGGUAAGGCAUACUUCCAGCAGGGGGUCAACUCACCUACCUUCACAUGGAGGCAAAAUAAAAAGGCCCCCAGAGCGUGUCCUAGACACUACCUACCUGUGGAGAGUACGCUGCGCACACCAGCACACCAGUCGUUAGAAAGCACUGCAGGACUGGCGGAGACCAGUGCAGAGUGAAAUCUUGUCAAGAUAAUUUGGUCAAAUGGGCAGUGGCGCCAGCAAAGAGUUGCUCUCAUUCUACUUCUACAAAUACUGAGUUUAAAAGGAAAAUCAUCUGCCCACUUCGAGUACAUUGUUUCUAAUUAAAGGUGCCUUUUACACUGCAGGUGAACGCAUUUCUGUGAGCAUUUGUGUAUGUUCAUUUGCUCACAGCAGUCUGGCUAGAAAGUGAAUUUCAUAGAUGGUCCUUGGUUGCCUGGGCCCAUAUGCCAAACCAAUACCAUCAACUGGUGGUUUUAAAUUAAAAACACAUCCUAAUGACAAUGACAAAGCAGUGUCUUCAGUCAUCUGGGCCUGAACCCUGAUCAAACUUGAGCAAUGGUAAACCCAUUAUGGGAAAUCCCUCUCGGCUUUCUAACCCAGUUCUGAGAGCAAUUUAGAGCACAGAGGCCUUCUUCCUCCUCCUCCUGCCCAAGUCAGCCCUCCCACCCCCCCAACUCAGGGCUCCCACAAAAGGGCCAUUAGGUUUACAUUUGAAGAGGAAAACUAGCUCAAAUAUCCUCAACAUGCAAGUUGGGGGAAAUUCAUCUCCUCCAGUCAGACAUAUAUAUGUAUGUGUAUAUAUAUAUAUAUAUAUAUUUUUUUUUUUACAAAACCUGUUACUGAAGACUGGAUCACUUUUGGUGGGCAGAAGAAACCUGGCAGUGAGUUCUAACUAAUCUGCAUGAAAAGACAAUCACAAUGGUUGGGAGGGG